AUGUCUGAGAGCUACAGCAAUCAGAAUCAGUACACCAUUAGAAGACAAGGCAGUUUCAUCAUGAAGACUUGUGGAGCUCUACUGGUGCUGCUGUGCUGCUGUUUGACUGAGACACAGCUUAGAGGAGACACCAUCAGUGAUAAUGACAUCACUCACCAGGGCCACUAUGGUGAAGCAGAGACCAGAGAAAAUGAGGUUAUUGGUGCAGACGAGAGAACUGAAGAUGCAGCCACAGCCUCCAUCCAACAAACCUGCCAGCCUGACAUCCACACUGUGCUGAGAGAGAUGAGCGUUCUGGUGGUGGAGCAGAGAGUGGAGCUCAGACACACCAAGACACAAAUGGAGGCCAUGGAGAGCAGACUGACUGACAGACUGAGAGCCAGUGAGAAUAAAGCAGAGACUAUGGAGACCAAGCUAAGUGCCAGUGAGAAUAAAGCAGAGACUAUGGAGAGCAGACUGAGAGCCACUCAGUCCAUGAAUCUUAACCUCACUGUGAGUCAGGUGGGGCAGCUGAGGAGAGAGAGAGAAGAGAGGAGGGUGUCUUUCUCUGCCUCACUGCUGGCAUCUGGUGCUGGAAAUACAGGACCCUUUUCAGUAGCAACUCCUCUGGUCUACAGACAUGUCUUCACUAACGUAGGAAAUGCCUACAACCCAAACACAGGUGUUUUCACAGCUCCAGUCAGAGGAGUCUACAACUUUGUUUUGUUUGUAUUGGGUCAAGGUCAUGCUACACGUACAGGAGUGUCCCUUCAUAAAAAUGGAGAGCAUGUUGUCAAUGCCUGGAGUAAUCAGCCAAGUGGUUAUGAUAAAACAUCUAAUGGAGCCUCUCUGCUGCUGGAGGUGGGAGAUGUGGUCUAUGUGAAGUUGUGGCACAACGGUUGGGUGUAUGAUGAUCAAAACCAUCACACCACCUUCUCUGGCCACCUGCUCUUCCCCAUGUGA